UGGAGGGAGGAGGAGUGGAAAAAGUCUGCUAAUAUCAACUUUUACAACUUUAAAGGAGGCGGCGCAGGGGCGCGCUCUGCUGGAGACCACCGCGCACAACUGCAGCAGCCUCCACGAAGGACAGCCGCGUUUACGAGAAAGGGGCGGGCUCGUUUCCGGAAACACGUCACUCUGGAGAUGAUCUCAGCGCGUGCUGCAGGGCUGCAGUUUGGGUCUUUAACUCUCAGAUCAGAGGGUUAGAGAGGAGGAGGAGGAGGAGGAGUGUGUUUGUGUGAGUUUGUGUUUGUGUGUGUGAGAGAGAUGGAUGUGAGGAGUGUGUGUCUGUGUGUGUUGCUGUGUGUGCGGUGUUGGGCGGGGCCUGUGGAGGAUGUGAAGAUUGACAGGUACUCAUUACCCACGCUGUGUGCGCGCGAGGUCCAGCAGGGGGACUAUGUUCGGUACCACUACACAGGAACCUUCACCAACGGAACCAAGUUCGACUCCAGUUUAGAUAAAGGUGCUCCGUUUAUGGGUCUGGUUGGUUCUGAGAGUAAAGUAAUUCCAGGUCUGGACAGAGGAGUUCAGGGAAUGUGUGUGAAUGAGCGGAGAAAAAUCACUAUCCCCCCUCACCUGGGGUACGGCGUCACGGGAGCAGGGUCCGUCAUUCCUCCGGAUACAACGCUGGUGUUUGAUGUCAUCUUGUUGGAUGUUUGGAAUAAAGCCGAUAAAGCUGAGAUCCGGACGCUGUUCAGGCCGCAGGGCUGCAGACGCUCAGUUCAGCGCAGUGACUUCGUCAGAUACCACUACAACGGAACACUGCUGAACGGAACCGUGUUCGACUCCAGUUACUGGAGGAACAUUACGUACAACACAUAUGUGGGGCAGGGGGAGCUGAUUAAGGGAAUGGACGAGGGGCUGCUGGGAACGUGUAUCGGAGAGAGGCGCUCCAUCAUCAUCCCACCGUUCCUGGCCUACGGAGAGAAAGGAUACGGCUCGAAGGUCCCGGCAUACGCGACAGUGAUUUUCGAUGUGCUGCUGGUGGACGUGUUUAACGUGAAGGACGACGUGCAGGUGGAGGUGCAGGACGUUCCACAGCCCUGCAGGAGAAAAGCAAAGGCCGGAGAUUUCAUCCGCUACCAUUACAACGGAACCUUCCAGGAUGGAACGCCGUUCGACUCCAGCUACCAGCGGAACAGCACCUAUAACACUUACAUCGGUCUGGGUCAUGUGAUCGCUGGGAUGGACAAGGCGCUGCUGGGAGUCUGUGUGGGGGAGAGGAGACGGGUCACCAUCCCCCCUCACCUGGCAUACGGAGAGAAUGGGACGGGUUCUUUAAUCCCCGCCUCGGCCGUGCUGACCUUCGACCUUCACAUCAUCGAUUUCCACAACCCUUCUGACUCGGUGGACAUCAGGGUCACUCACGCUCCGGCGGAAUGCAGCAACACCUGCACCGCUAAUGACCUGAUCACCUACCGCUACAACUGCUCCCUGCUGGACGGAACACGCCUCUACUCAUCGGACGACUAUGCCAAGCUUCCACAGGUCACUCUGGGUCAGGGGGCGGUGAUCGAGGGUUUGGAGAAAGGCCUGCAGGGCAUGUGUGUUGGAGAACGCAGAGAAGUGACCAUCCCUCCGCACUUCGGCCACGGACAAGACGGAGGCUCUGGUGUGCCCAGCAGUGCGGUGCUGCUGUUUGAGCUAGAGCUGCUGGAGCUGCAGAGGGGCGUUCCUGAGGGAUACCUGUUCCUGUGGCUGGAGGACAGUCCAGAACCUCUGUUCCCCGCCAUGGACCUCAACCACAACCAGGAGGUUCCCUUAGAGGAGUUUACAGACUUUAUAAAGCUGCAGGUGUCUGAGGGCAGAGGUCGCCUGAGGCCUGGAGUGGACAGUGAUGUCAUCAUCAGAGACAUGUUCACCAAUCAGGAUCAAAACUCCGACGGGAAGAUCACAGCGAACGAGCUCCGAGUGCAGACGGACCACGGAGAGAUCCCAGACCAUGAGGAGCUGUAAAGCACAUAACAGAGAACCUCAGCAUGAAGAACAUCUCAGAGAGAACCUUCAGAUCGUCAGUUCGCUUUGAACGAGCUGCAGCAGCGUAAACCACAGAUUAAACUUGUUUUUUCCCUAAAGGACCAAAAAAACCUUCAAUCAGACUUUUACACAUCAGUUUAACCAAAAGCAUGUAAACAACAUUAAUCACUUAGAAUUAUUAUUAUUAUAACAAAGUCAUUAUCUGAAGAGCUUCCACUAACUACCCUCCUCCACCUGUACACAGAAUAUUUCAGAACAAUCUGGAACAUUUUAGAAAACAGAUGAGAUGCGUUUGUGUAACUGAGCGUUUGUGAAGCUCCUUCUGUAUUUAUAUAAACUCUGUUCUGAUCCAUUUUAAUGAUUAAUAAUUGAUUAAAAGUGGAUCUGUGAAGUUUACAGUAAUGAUGAUGAUGAUGAUGAUGAUGGAGGAGACGGUGCCCCCUGCUGGGAGAAUAACACGCCAUCUUCACUAAUCCACAUUAAAGUCCAGUCAGAAUGUGUUACUGACCACAGAUGUGGACUCUAAGUGUGACCGACUGAGCCGUCAGUGUCUGAGGGUAGAGAGUUUAAUAAGAAUCUGAAGCCAUAAUAAUCAGACAGUCCAGACCACCGAGGAUCGGUAGCAGCCCCUCAGUGUGAACGUUAAUCAGUUUAUCAGCCAAUCUUUCCUCUGAGUGAUGAUCAGGUUUAUAAUAAAGACAGAAAUCUUUGUCUGAUAUCAGGAUUUGAGUGUUUUGAGGAUUUUCUCGGAUUUGAAAGAUUCUUUUGGUGAAAAACAAGAACAGUUUCAGUUUCUGGUGUUUCCUUAAACUUUUCUCUGAACUGCAGAACAGAGUAAAUGUUUUUCUAAUAAAAACAUUUAAACUGA